CACACAUAUAACAACUCUCUUUCAUGCCCUUUUUUCCCUCUCGCUCUUUCUUCAACCACAAGCAUCCCAACAAUCUCGUUUCUUUUGGCCCUUCAUGCCUCUCCUCUUCACCAUCCUCCUCUUCUUAACCGGCCUAGCGUCAGUGGUUGCCAUCGGUGGUGGCCCAACCGCUGGCUUUAAACCGGCUGAUGACAUUCUCAUUGAUUGUGGAAGCAAGUCAUCAACCAAAACCCCUGAAGGUAGAGUCUUUAAGAGUGACUCAGAAACGGUUCAGUAUAUAGAAGCCAAAGACGAUAUUCAAGUCUCUGCCCCGCCUUCAGAUAAACUCCCUUCUCCUAUUUACCUAACCGCUCGGAUCUUCCGCGAGGAAGCCAUUUACAAGUUCCAUUUAACCCGUCCCGGUUGGCAUUGGGUUCGUCUCCAUUUCUUUGCCUUCCCAAAUGACAAGUUUGAUCUCCAGCAAGCAACUUUCUCUGUUUUAACAGAGAAGUACGUCUUGCUUCAUAACUUUAAACUAAGUAACAACAACAAUGAUAGCUUGGCUACUGUUCAGAAAGAGUACCUCGUCAACAUGACCGAUGCACAAUUCGCCCUUAGGUUCAAACCUAUGAAAGGUUCUGCCGCUUUCAUCAACGGUAUCGAACUUGUGUCAGCUCCAGACGAACUUAUCUCUGAUGCAGGCACUUCUCUUUUCCCUGUCAACGGUUUUUCGGGUCUGUCUGAUUACGCAUACCAGUCCGUUUACAGGGUUAAUGUUGGUGGCCCCUUGAUCACGCCUCAGAAUGACACACUAGGAAGAACCUGGACACCUGACAAAGAAUACUUAAAAGAUGAGAAUCUGGCUAAGGAUGUCAAAACAAACCCUACAGCUAUCAUCUAUCCUCCUGGAGUUACACCGCUGAUUGCGCCACAGACGGUUUACGCAACAGGUGCAGAGAUGGCUGAUUCUCAAACCAUAGAUCCUAACUUCAAUGUCACAUGGAACUUCCCAUCAAACCCAUCAUUUCACUACUUCAUUCGUCUUCAUUUCUGUGACAUCAUCAGCAAGUCCCUUAAUGACCUAUACUUCAACGUUUACAUCAAUGGCAAGACCGCCAUUUCCGGGCUAGAUUUGUCCACUGUAGCUGGGGAUCUUUCUGCUCCUUACUACAAAGACAUUGUGGUGAACUCGACUCUUAUGAAAUCUGAGCUUCAGGUGCAGAUUGGUCCCAUGGGAGAAGAUACGGGGAAAAAGAACGCGAUCUUGAACGGAGUUGAGGUCCUAAAGAUGAGCAACUCUGUGAACAGUCUUGAUGGAGAAUUUGGAGUUGAUGGUAAAAGAGCGAGUAUGGGGAAGCAGGGGAUGGUUGCAACCGCGGGAUUUGUAAUGAUGUUUGGCGCUUUCGUAGGUCUUGGAGCAAUGGUUUACAAAUGGAAGAAGAGACCACAAGAUUGGCAGAAGAGAAACAGUUUCUCUUCUUGGUUACUACCAAUACACGCCGGUGACAGUACUUUCAUGACAAGCAAAACGGGUUCACACAAAUCCAACUUGUACAAUUCUGCGCUUGGCCUCGGACGCUAUUUCUCCCUCUCAGAGCUUCAAGAAGUUACAAAGAACUUCGAUGCAUCAGAGAUCAUUGGUGUUGGUGGAUUUGGAAACGUUUACAUUGGUACCAUUGAUGAUGGAACUCAAGUUGCCAUCAAACGAGGCAAUCCACAGUCAGAGCAAGGGAUAACAGAGUUUCACACAGAGAUUCAAAUGCUGUCUAAGCUCAGACAUAGACACUUAGUCUCAUUGAUUGGAUACUGCGACGAGAACUCAGAGAUGAUCCUCGUUUACGAAUACAUGUCCAAUGAAGCUCUAUGUGCAAGACCAGCCAUUAACCCUCAGCUUCCAAGGGAACAGGUUAACUUAGCUGAAUGGGCUAUGUUAUGGAAACAAAAAGGGUUACUUGAAAAGAUCAUCGACCCUCAUCUAGUUGGCACUGUGAAUCCUGAAUCUAUGAAAAAGUUUGCAGAAGCUGCAGAGAAGUGUUUAGCAGAUUAUGGUGUUGAUAGACCAACAAUGGGAGAUGUAUUGUGGAACUUAGAAUAUGCUCUUCAGCUUCAAGAGGCUUUUUCUCAGGGUAAAGCUGAAGCUGAGGAGGUUGAGACCCCUAAGCCCGUGGCUGCUCCUGCUGCUGCGCCGACUUCACCUGCUGCAGCAAGUGAACGUCCGGUUUCUCAGACGGAAGAGAAGGAUGACUCAACGGUGGACCAACACUCUGGAACCACCAUGUUUACUCAGUUUGCUAGCCUCAAUGGAAGAUAAACUGAUGAAGCAUUUCCACCAAACCAAAUGGUGUGAAGAGUUAGAAAAAAAGAAGAAACUAAUCUUAAGGUAAUCGGAUUUGUUGUAUAAUUUGUAUGGUAUUUUUUAUUUUGUUUUGUAAUGGAAAUGUAUUCUAAGGUGGUGGACAUUGCAUGUUAUAGGUUGUUGAUACUUUAGUUUCAGAAGACAAAUUUUCAAAUAAAGUGUAUGCAAAUCU